AUGGCAUCUUCCCUUCAGAAAUUCAAGCUCGUCUUCUUCGUACCCCCCUCUUCACUUGACGCCUGUAAAACCGCCAUUCUCAGUACUGGUGCAGGACGCUACCCUGGCCCAGGCGGAUAUACCGAAGUAUGCUUUACUAGCAGAGGCACAGGACAAUUUAGGCCUGGCGAUGCGGCCAAUCCAACUAUUGGUAGGGUUGGUGAGCUAGAGGAAUUGGAUGAGUACAGAGUAGAGACAUUGUGUGUGGGACGCGAUACGGCUGUCAAGGCUGUCGAAGCACUGAAGAAAGCACAUCCCUAUGAAGAGCCUGUAUAUGAGGUUUACAAGAUGGAGGACAUGUGA